AUGAAUAACUGGAGUAGCGGACUUUUCGACUGUCGUAAUGAUGGUGACAUUUGUCUUCGUGGUUGUCUUGGUCCAUCAUUUUUAUUUGGAGCCAAUGCUGAAUUAAUCGAUGGGAGUGAUCGUUGCAGAUCAUGUUUGUUGUAUUUUCUGAUAACAAGAUUUUAUUUAUGUUGCUUACCACAUAUACCGAAACGAAAAGCAUUACGUGAACGGUUUGAUAUUGCAGAAGACAAUGAUUGUAAUGAUUGUUUAGCAACAACAUUUUGUCGUCGAUGUGCUGUUUGUCAAGAGGCACGCGAACUUAAAUUUCGUUUAGCUUCUUCUGAAAGAACAGUUGUGGUGCAACCAGUCAGUGCAAAUACGUACGGCUCAGUCGAAAAAUCAUAG